UGGAUCGAUUUGGCCUUUAAUUUGUGCUUCCCCCUCAAGAAAGAGCAUCAGAUGCAAGGGGUGAGGCCAAAGUCUGGCACACAUUCUCCAUCCCCUUUCUGCUUUCCUUGCUCCAGCAACCCAGCCCAUUACAUUCCAAUGAUGCCCUCCCUUGCAUGCCCGCACACUCCAGGAAUCCCCACCGGGAUGUAUUUAACCACAUGGGGUUAGCCCCUCGUUUGCAUCAGGGAUCAAGAAAGGUUUCAGGUGGAUCAUAUUAGACUACCUGAUCGAGGUGUUGAGCUGUUGCUGGUGCUUGAUCGACCGAUGCAAAUGCCCUUCUGUCCCAAGCUGUGGGACCGGAACCCGACUCCAGCGCCGAAGAACCACGUCGCCAUCAAUGGCACGGUGGUGGUCUCCUGCCACUUCGGGCUGUCGGUGCCGGGAAAGACGACCACCCUCCGGUUGUACAGCAGCACGCAGAUCGAUCACAACUCGGGGAAGGGGAGGCUGAGCUUGGAAGCGCCGCUGCGGGGCGGCAAGAAGACGAAGCACGGCCCCGGGAAGACGAGCACGAUGACGUACCAGGUGACGUUCUUCGUCGACACCGAGUUCGGAACGCCGGGCGCCGUCGUUGUCAAGAACGGCAAGAAUGACCAGUUCUUCCUCCGGCACGUGCAGCUGGAGCUCGCCGAGGACCGGAGCAUCCACUUCGAGUGCAACUCGUGGGUGUACCCUUCCAAGAAAACCAACACCGACCGCGUCUUCUUCAUCAACACGAGUUACCUGCCGGACAAAACCCCGGAGGCGCUGCGGCAGCUGCGGGAGGAGGAGCUGCGGACCCUGAAAGGGAACGGUCGCGGAGAGCGCAAGGACUGGGAGCGCAUCUACGACUACGACUUCUACAACGACCUCGGCAACCCCGACAAGGAGGAUCACGCCCGGCCGGUGCUCGGCGGUACCACCACGUACCCCUACCCGCGUCGCUGCCGCACCGGUCGAGCCCUCAGCAAGACAGAUGGCAUGACGGAGACGCGCAAGCACCUGAUCAACCUGGACUUCUACAUCCCACCGGACGAGCGGUUCAACCCGACGAAGUUGGCCGAGGUACUGACGCUGGCGGUGCAGGCGGUGACGCACUUCGUGAUCCCGGAGGCGAAGGCGCUGUUCCAGGGGGACAUCAACAACUUCAAGUCCAUUGAGCAGCUGAAGAAGGACAUGUACAGCAAGCCGCCACAGACGGCCGUGGAGGGCGUUGUGAUGGACAGGCUCAAGUCCUCCGUGCCGUCGCAGAAGACCUACAAGCAGGUGUCCAAGAUGGUCAAGGAGACGCCCGUCAAGUUCCCCGUCCCACAAGUCAUCGAGCAUGAUCAAGAGGCUUGGAGGACCGACGAGGAAUUUGCAAGGGAGAUGCUCGCGGGGCUCAACCCGGUUGUGAUCAGGAGAUUGGAAGUGUUUCCACCGGUUGGUACUGGAGGGAAGCAGAGCGCAAUUACCGUGGCGCAUAUCAUGGGUCAACUUGAAGGCCUAACUGCCGAUAUGGCAAUAGAUCAGAAGAGGCUAUAUAUUCUGGACCAUCAUGACUAUCUGAUGCCGUACCUGAGGCGCAUCAACACACUGGGGGUGUGCAUCUACGCCUCGCGGACGCUGCUCUUCCUGAAGAACGAUGGGACCCUGAAACCUGUUGUGAUAGAGCUGAGCCUUCCUAGUGACGGCACGGGCGACGGAGAGAUCAGUAGGAUCUUCCUCCCAGACAGACAGGGGACUGAAGCACAUCUGUGGCAGCUUGCUAAGGCCCAUGUUUCUGUUAAUGAUUCAGGCUACCAUCAGCUAAUUAGCCACUGGCUGUUCACGCAUGCGGCGGUGGAGCCAUUCAUCAUCGCGACGAAGAGGCAGCUGAGCGCGAUGCACCCGAUCCACAAGCUCCUGGAACCACACUUCAAGGACAAUAUGCAGAUCAACACCUUGGCCAGGAGCAUCCUUCUGAGUGCAGGUGGGCUCCUUGAGAGGACCAUGUACCAGGGUAAGUACGCCAUGGAGAUGUCUUCGGCCAUCUAUGGGGAAUGGAGGUUCACUGAGCAGUCCCUGCCAAAUGAACUCAUCAAGAGGGGGAUGGCGUCCAAGGAUCCCAACGGCGGCGUGUCCCUGCACAUCGAGGACUACCCGUACGCCGUGGACGGCCUGGACAUCUGGCGCGCCAUCGAGGGGUGGGUGCAGAGCUAUUGCGCCCACGUGUAUCACUCGGACGCGGCGGUGUCCGGCGACGCGGAGCUGCAGGAGUGGUGGAACGACGUCCGCCGCGUGGGCCACGGCGACCGGCAGGGCGACCGUGCGUGCUGGCUGGAGCUCGACACCGUGGCCCACCUCGCGGAGACGCUGUCCACGCUCAUCUGGAUUGCGUCGGCACUCCACGCCGCCGUCAACUUCGGCCAGUACGGUUACGCGGGGUUCAUGCCUAACCGGCCAACCCGGUGCCGGCGGUUCGUGCCGCUGCCGGGUUCGCCGGAGAUGGCGCAGCUGGAGGCCGACCCGGAGAAAUUCUUUCUGGAGAUGGUGCCGGACCGGUUCACUUCCACACUGGGGCUUGCGCUCAUCGAGGUGCUGUCGAACCACACCUCCGACGAGCUGUACCUGGGCCAGCGCGCCACGGCGGCGUGGACGGACGACGGCGAGGUGCUGCAGCUGCUAGACCGGUUCCGGGAGGACCUCCGGCAGGUGGAGAAGCGGGUGGCGGAGAGGAACAGGAACCCGAGGCUCAAGAACCGGAGGGGCCCAGCAAAGGUGCCGUACAUGCUGCUGUUCCCGGACGUCGGCAACGUCGGCGGCCAGGAGAAGGGGAUCACCGGCAAAGGGAUACCCAACAGCGUCUCCAUAUGAUCCGGUCGAACUACGUCUAAGUAUAUAUGCAUAAGCGAAUUUUUCUUUCUUUUGGUUGUUGGGUGUUCAAUUGUUGGAGAGACGAUUUUCAUUGUUGGAUUGGGUUUGUGCAUAUUCAUUAUUGAAAGCGUUGCGAUGGAUUGGUUUGAAUCAAAUUUGAAUUUGUCGAGUGGGUCUCUAA